CCCUCACCCUGUUUUUCUCUACUACUACAGACUACAGUAUGUGCUAUGUGCUGUGACGCAGUUUAGCGCAUCGCAUCGCAUCGCAUCGAUAUCUGUUCGCUGCCCUGUCCACGUGACCAUCUGGCAUCACAAAGAACCUGCACCUGCACCUUCCGCCAACAAUCAUGAAGGCAGUCGCAGUGCAAACAGAGGCUUUUUAAGGCUGUUGCUGUCGUGUUCAAAAUGUCUCCGACCACGCAUUCCGAUCGCAUCCAUCACAACAUCCAGAAUUCAGAACAAAAGCCAUCCCAACAACCCUGCACUAUUUCCAAGCAAUGAGUAAAGACCACAGCACUAACUACCGGCCUAAAUCCCCCGACUUAUCAGGCUUCAACCCGCCCAGACUCGCUCGCAUUCCCUCGUAUCAGCCAGAACCAACUGUGCCUCCAGGCUAUCCGGUUUCAGCCCGAGGCUCCUACGACGCAUCGCCUUUCUUCUCGCCACAGAACACCACGCCUUCGACAUCCUAUUUCGGUGCUCGACCAUCUCAGUCGCCCUUCGCUCAACCUUAUCCACCACAGGUAUUCCGAGCUCCGAGUAUACCCACUCAAGCUUCUCCAUCAAGCCACUCUCAACCCCUGCCAAAUUCUUACGACAAUUAUUCUCACUCUUCAUAUUAUCCGCAACCUCAGACUCACCAGCCAUUUGAUCCAAACUACGCUGUUCAACCACCUGUUCAACACUUUGCCUCUUAUCCUCAGUCUUCGGGUCAACAAUACGACGACAUGCCUCGAACUCGGCGGGCAAAAGCCGAAGUUGAUUUUGAUCCCGAUUACAAUCCGAAUGGGCCUACAAUUGGAAUACCUAUCAAAACCGAACAAGCUACUGCCGUCCAGCCAGUCAUGCCCAUAGCCACAACAGACCCCUCCCACGGACUCGAUCUGAGAACAAAGUUUCCAGUUGCACGGAUCAAACGUAUCAUGCAAGCAGAUGAAGAUGUAGGAAAGGUGGCUCAAGCGACUCCUACCGCUGUUUCCAAAGCACUGGAGCUGUUUAUGAUCUCUUUGGUGACCAAGGGAGCAACCGAAGCCAGAGCCAACAAUUCGAAACGUGUUACAGCACAGCAUCUCAAGGCUGCUUUGAUGAAAGACGGCCAAUUUGAUUUUCUGACUGAAAUCUGUGAAAGUGUGCCUGAUGAAGGAUCCAAGAAAGGCAGAGCUAAGUCGGAGGCAAAGAGCGAAGAAAGUGAUGAGGACAUUGGACCCAAAAAGAAGGGAAGGGGCGGCAAGAAGAGGAAAGCUGAAAGUGACGAUGAUUCUGAUUGAUUUUCUGGCACGUGCAUUCCGAGUGCUUACAUUUCGACGCUGUCGCGGAGACAGCCCAUGACAAAAACUCCAUUUGCGCAAGGCUGUGUAACAGGCAUGCGCAGAUCUUGCAAACCUCCAGCAUCUAUCCGUUUGAGAAAACCACGAGUGCCGCCAAGGUUCGCGAAGGGCUUUUGAUUCCGACCCUCGAUUUACAUCAACUGUCUGUUAUCAUUAAGCAGGCAGUCGACAGAGACUUCCUUCCAGAACCCACCACUACCAGGACGCGCCUGAUUCUCAACCAGAAUGGUGUCUGGUCGGUGGUGAUGGUGUGUUGUCCCUCCAAGGCCAUGGUACUUGAUGCACCACGGCAAAAAGAAUGACCAAACCAAAGAAAGCUGUAAAUCCCAGAGCCACCCAUCCCACCAUUGCAGAAAAUGCCACCACAACUAAACACAAAAGGGCAAAUGCACCAAUCGUCAAGCCACCAAGAAGGCCGCUGGCAACUACCGCAUACAUCUGAAUUGUCCACUGCGAAGUCUUGCCGUUCGUCCCAUUCCAGUCUGCGAUCCAGUGAUUUUUGAAGAAUGUUAAGAAUGUCGAGCCUAGUGAUGCAAACGCCAGGGCGAGCAGAAAGAGGAGCCAGCUGAUGGCGAGAAACUCUCUAAUCUGCUGCUGAGCAAAUGUCGGGGGUCUCGAGGAAGGCAUAGAGAUGUCAUUGGACAAGACGUAGGAGAAUGUUAUGCUUGUUCCCAAGGUACUGACAGCGAUAAUGGUUUGGAACAAGCCAUUGAAGAACGCCGAAAUGGACGACCCGCUAUGUUUGGCCAUUGGACGUAUGUGAGAGAGUGAAUGGCCGUGCUCGGAAUACGGCCCUGUCGUUGUCCUGUUCAUAUGCUUUUCGUCAGGACACGGUUCUGUGGUGGACUGCUGGUCGUCGUAGCCACUAUUCGUUUGGUCCCUGCGAAUUGCAAGUGUAGCACCAGCAGCUGCUUCUAAAUCUGCGGUCGCGGCUUGUCGGGCUGGCAUCGUUGCAGGAAACAUAUGGCCUUCGACGUUCGAGUCAAAGUACGAGGCUCUCGCUUCGGCAAGGCUGACGUGAAGAACGAUGGCAACUUGCCAGCUACCACAGUGGAAACAACUUGAACGCGAACUUCGGAUUCGCAAACCUUUUAGAGAUUGUAGAGAUAUGAUGCUUGUGACUGCAAAAUAGGCUG